AAGCCGUAAUAUAUAGCGUGAAGGGAAGCUGUCUGGGUUAAUAGUUUUCAUCAAAAGGUGCCAAGGCUUUGUAUCAUGCGCAGGUGUGGUCCAUUGUGCCAACUGCCAACCCCGGCUCAUACAUCCAAAAGAAAAGAGUUUUUUAAAAUUAAAAUUAACUGAUAUCUAUUAAAAUUAAUUAAGUGAUAUAGUACUAUACUGUAUAGCAGAAAAUAUAAAAGAUGAUGGCACUUAUGGAAUGCUGAUGGGACCAGAAUUUGGUUGGUCUGAUUCGUCUGGCUGAGAAAGAAAGUAUAAUUUAUUUAUUUUUUUAGUAAACGAAAUUUGUUAUUAAAAAAAUAAGAGCCAAGUAAAAAAUAUUUUUAAAAUCGUAUAUAUUUUAUUAUUUAUUUUUAGCUUCCGGUAAACAAAAAAACACAGCCUUUGUUCUGUUUCUCUGCGAUUUCUUCGAUGUUCCUCUUCUUCGUUUUGAUUUUCAGAUUUGUUUAACUCGGUCGUUGCGUUGACUUCAAAUUUCUUAAAAGAGAGAGAGAGAGAGAGAGGAGAUAGUUCAGAAAAUCUGUCAGACUUGGGAUCUUUCUCGGCAAUGCGACGCUUGUUCGCCGCGAAAUCCCUCUCCCGAGAGGAUACAACCUUUUUGUCAUUCUCUUCUUCUUCGGUGACGCGUUUCCUCAAGGCUCUUCUUCCUCUCCGUUCAGAUCCAAGAGAUGUCCGCUAAUUCUCAUCCUCCUAAUUCCAAAAACGUCCUCUGUAAUGCAGCCGCCGGUGCCGCCGCCGGGGUUGUUGCGGCUACGUUUGUGUGUCCUCUUGAUGUUAUAAAAACGAGGUUUCAGGUUCAUGGGCUGCCUAAGCUCGGUGAUGCAAACAUCAAAGGUAGUCUAAUUGUUGGCAGUCUUGAGCAGAUCUUCAAGAGAGAAGGGAUGCGUGGCUUAUACCGCGGUCUUUCCCCUACUGUCAUGGCUCUUCUCUCCAAUUGGGCCAUUUAUUUUACAAUGUAUGACCAGCUCAAGAGCUUUCUUUGUUCAAAUGAUCACAAACUCAGCGUUGGAGCUAACGUAUUGGCUGCUUCGGGAGCUGGAGCUGCAACUACCAUUGCCACAAAUCCUCUUUGGGUCGUCAAGACUAGACUUCAGACACAAGGAAUGAGAGUGGGUAUAGUGCCAUACAAAAGCACAUUUUCUGCUUUAAGGAGAAUAGCUUAUGAGGAGGGAAUUCGCGGAUUGUACAGUGGUCUUGUCCCUGCACUAGCUGGUAUCAGUCAUGUUGCCAUUCAGUUUCCCACAUAUGAGAUGAUCAAAGUGUACUUGGCCAAGAAAGGUGAUAAAUCAGUCGAUAACCUCAAUGCUCGUGAUGUAGCAGUUGCCUCUUCGAUUGCAAAGAUAUUUGCAUCCACAUUAACUUACCCGCACGAGGUAGUACGAGCUAGGCUUCAAGAGCAAGGGCACCACAGUGAGAAACGUUACUCAGGAGUAAGAGAUUGCAUCAAGAAAGUGUUUGAGAAAGAUGGGUUCCCUGGUUUUUACAGAGGCUGCGCCACGAAUCUACUGAGAACAACUCCUGCAGCAGUUAUAACUUUCACUAGCUUCGAAAUGGUGCAUCGUUUCCUCGUCACUCAUAUACCUUCUGAGCAAAGCUCUAUACUUUAAAUCCGGUUUUUUUUUUUGAUGAUGAUGACGAUUAAAAGUUAUUUUUACACAGGUAAAAAAAAGUUUCCCCUUUUGGGAAAUGAUUCAAAAUAGAAGUUCUUUUCUGGUGACUUAUUAUGUCUCUCUGUUGGAGAAAUCAGAAUCUGAGAAUGGGUUGAAACUUGAGAGACCCAAAAAAGCAGAAUAUUUUAGUGUAAAAAACUGACUCUUUUAUUUCUCUGUUUUUUGGGCCUUCAUGUUACUGAAAGGAAACAUAUAUUAUCUUCAAGAAAUGAUUAUACUAUUAUUCUGGUUUUCAGAGUGUUAUGAAAUCUUUGGGCCUUAUGGAUUUGUGUAUAGCUUGUUAGAUCAUAGAUGAGCUUUGGAUCCAUGAUAUUAUAUAUAUAUCAAUUAAAUUAAAUUAAAAUGAAAAGGAAAAGGC